CUGCUGGAUUCACCGAAAACCGGAAACAGAGCGAGACACCGAAGCUGGUUCACCAAAAACACUCUGUUGAUCCAUCCGACCUAUGGAACUGACGCCAAAUAAGAUUCAAAGCCUCAAAGGUUUUCUUGUAACUUUAGAGAAGCCUGUCGGAAGAUUGUGCAUUUUGUUGAUUUGAAAAUAUAAUUCGAGUUCGUGAUUUCUACUCGAGUCCACGAUCGUGUAGAUUUUCAAUAUUGUUUGGCGAAUUCUUCGGGUUUGAUUCUGGGAAUUGGAUUGAAAAAGUAACUUGGAUUUGGAUGUUGGGUUGUGAAUGUGGAGGUUUAAGUUGGAGGGCGUGAUUUUUGUUUCUUUAGCAUAUUUUUGUGGAUGAUUUCGGUGGGAAGUAGGGAUGGGAGAAAGGGGCUAGGGUUAGUCUUUGGUAGUGCUGGUGGUGGGAGGACUGAGAUGGACGAGUCCGACCUUGAAGAAGGGGAAGCAUGCUCAUACCCGAAUCAUGAAUUUGAUAAAGGAAGCAUCGAUCCCGAUGUUGCCCUCUCUUAUAUUUUGGCCCUUCUACUUCUUCUAACAUUGAACUACUGGACUUUUGUUUUACCAAGGAUGAAAAGAUUCAAGAUGUUCUGGGACACUUUCAGAAAGAUUUUGAAGGUGGGGUUUCUGCAGAGAAUCUGGGGUCAAAAUUUGGUGGAUAUGGAUCGUUCUUACCUAUGCAUCAGCGCUCUCCUGUUUGGUCUCAUCCAAGGAUUACAUCAAAAGUUCAUGGUCAAAAUACGCCCAACUGUUCAAGCAAUUCACAACUGGAGGCUGGGCAAGGGGAUGCUGUACAUUCUUCAACUUCAACUCAUUUGUCAGGACUUGGACCAAAUUCUGCUAGUUCCUUGGAGGUUCCUGCAAUCAAGGCAACCUCAUUAAAUCAUGGAUUCGGCCAAGAAAAUUGUCCGACAACUGCUUGUGUUGAGGCAAUCACUUCUAAAUAUGAAUCUACAAGCAUGAAAUCUACCAGCAUGUCAGAUCAGAAGACACUGAAGGUUCGAAUCAAAGUGGGUACUGAUAAUUUGCCAGCACAGAAAAAUGCUGCAAUCUACAGUGGACUUGGCCUUGACGUGUCACCAUCAUCGUCAUUGGAUGACAGCCCCUCAGAAGGUGAAGGAAUUUCUCAUGGGCGCAAAGAUGCGCCUUUUGAAUCUCCAUCUAGUAUCCUUCAGAUCAUGACAUCCCUUCCUAUGCUGUUGUCUCCUCUUUCUGAUGAUCUUAUUCAUUCAAUUGGAGAAGAAACAGAUUCCAAAGAAGGUAUACCUGAUGAUGCUCAUAUGGAGGAGUCAGAAAGUUCUGGCAUGUUACUAAAUGAAUCUAUUACUGUACGGGGUAACAGAAAAUUGUUAGGAGGGAAGAAAAUAAAGUCCGUGGAGGGAUGUGGAUCUUUGUUGGAAUUUAAGGGUGGUAUUAAUAAAAAUGGAGUUUUAUCCAGGAAGGAGCAGAGAAAUGAUGCCUUGACUACUGACGAGCUUGUUUCAAAAGCCUUGAAGCUACCCCUUUUAUCCAGUUCAUUCUGUGAUGACUCAGUAAAGGGAGUAGAUGAACUAUGUGAUAAAUUGAAGGAAGCUGGUGAGAGUGUGCUGAGGGAGAAAAUCUUCUCUGAUCAUGCACAAAUGGAGCAAGCAAAGCCAAAAUCUACUGAAGUGAAUGGUUUUAUUGAAAAGGCUAAGGCUGGUUCAGGGAGAAAAGCUGUUGCAGAUAAGGUUGACAGAGGUAAAACUUGUGACUCAGUGACAGUUGAAUCUAGAGCGAGGACAGCUUUAAACUAUGAACAUACAGAGCCUCCUGAGAAUGCUUUCCAGAUAAGUGAACGGGAUGGUAUGACAUUACCUGUUGUUAGAGAACCUCCGAUUCCCACGGGCAAGAAGUCAAAGGUAGGUCAUGGGACCAUGGCUUCAGAAGGGGAAAAACAGAACUUGAGGGUCAGCAACCUAUUGCCACCUAAAACAAAGAAGAGCUCUGAUGAUGGUGCUACAUCUAAAAAUGAAAACAAAGGUGUUAGGGUGCAAAAGGAUCAUGGAAAAGCUAGGGAUGCUUACAGAGAUUUUUUUGGCGAAUUUGAGGAAGAGGAGGAUAGAUUAGAUGCCUUGGAAACUCCUUGUGUUGAUAAAUUAAAGGACUCAGAGGUGUUUAAAAGGAAAACAUCUGCAAGUAUUUCUGGAGCAACAGAGAGAUCAGGUGCUAAUAAAGUUGUUAAGCCAUUAUCAUCUGAUGUAUAUCCUAGAACAGCUGCAAAUCUAGUCAGGUGUAGUGCAAACAGGCAUGGAUCUGAUGUGGAUAAACGAAAAGAGGCUCCUGUGACUGCAACCCCUGUUGUCUUUGAAGAUAAUUGGGUACAAUGUGAUCGAUGCCAGAAAUGGCGCCUCCUUCCUGCAGGCACAAAUCCUGACCACCUACCUGAAAAGUGGCUUUGUAGUAUGCUUGACUGGCUGCCUGACAAGAAUCGAUGUAGUGUUAGUGAGGAUGAAACCACUAAAGCACUCAUUGCACUAUACCACGGCCCAACUCCUGAAGGACAAAGCAAUCCACAAAAUGCAUUUGGAAGUGUUGUUGGUGGAACAUUAUCAAAUUCUCAGCACUUUGACCAACACUGGCUGGACCAUAGUCUGCAUGCACUGCCUGAUGGGAAGGAAAAAAUUGCAAAAGAGAUGUCAAAUGCAGCAGCUAAAGAUGGAUCCUUUCCGUUGUUAUCUUCUGUAAAGAAAGGCUUGCAUUCGUCAGUGAAAAGUAAGAAUUUAAAUGAUGUGAACAAAUCUCCUGCAGUGAAUGCUCUCAAUGUUCCUGUGGAGAAACACAGAACAAAACAGAAAAUACUGGAGGACAAUUCUGAUAUAGGUGAGACAAAGAAUUUGAAGGUGAAAAGCAAAAGGGACCCUAAUCAAAAUUGUCCUCGAUCAUUCAAGAAAAGUAAGACUGAUGGAGUGUUUUCUACAGAUGAAGAUUGGAUUCCAGACCACGGUAGGACUGCUAGGAAGGUGGGUCAUGGCGUGAAUAGGAUCAACACAACUUCAUCAUGUGAAAGGGAUCAAUCUAAACAUAAAGAUAGCUCUUCUUCAAGGGACUCAAAAUACAAUGGAAAAGACAGGCUACAAGUUUCUAUUGAAAAAAAGAGAAAGAUUAGGGAGUAUCAGGAUACUCAAACUUGUAGCACGGGCAAUCAUGUACAGGAGGGCAGGGUUUCUGUGCAAGAUGGACUUGUUGCCUCUAGAAAGGAAAAGAAGGCUAGAGUAUCAAAGUCUGAGGGUAGAGAGUCAAGUACUAGUAAAGGUAGUGGUAGGGCAGACAAAAAAAUGAGUCAGGCAAAAAGCCAGAAGUUCAGGCAAGAUCCAGGGAGCACUCUGUCUCAGCGAAGUUUGGAUGGUAUGGAUUGUUUGAAAGGGGAUUUAGAUUCAGUUCAGGCCACUGCUGCUGCCAUUUCUAGCUCUUCUAAGGUUUCUGGUUCACAUAAAAGCAAAGCUGGCUUCCAGGAGGUGAAAGGUUCACCGGUGGAAUCAGUUUCUUCAUCACCUAUGAGACUUUUAAAUUCAGAUAAGUUUAUAAAUAAGGGGGAAGAUGACUCUCUGGAUGCUGGUGCCACAGGUAGUCCAAGAAGAUGUUCAGAUGGUGAAGAUGAUGGAGGAAGUGAUCGAACUGGGACAGCUAGGAAGAAUAAAUCUUUGACUGUGAUCCAUAGUAGGUCUCUUGGAUCUUCCAAGCUUGAUCUCCAAGAUAAGGAUGUUAAUCAUACAUCAGGUACUAAAUUUAACGCUCAAACUUUGUCUCCAGACAUAGUAACAAGCCAUUUUACAAACUGUGAUGUGGACACUGUAGGUCUAAGUGGGAGCUACACUGAAAGGGAGCAAAUUAAGGAUCAGUGCCAAAGUGAAGAUAGAACUGGCGUUUAUGGUGCUAGCAUGUCUCUUCCAAGGAAGACUGGCAGAGGAUCAUGUUUGAAAGACAACAAUGAAAGCUGUAAAUCAGAGCCCAAGGGAGAAAAUGUCAAGAAUACUAGUUCACUUGGUCAAUCACAAGAGCUAUCUCCUUUAUCUGAGGCAAACCAUGGGGAUAAUAAAACUAAGUUUCAGGCAAAGUUGGGGUUGAAAUCUGACGAAGGUGAGGAUAUGCAUACUGGUAAGAAAGAUUGUACUGGGGAUUAUAGUAGGAGAAAAGAGAAUCAAUUAAAUAGGGGGAAAGAAUUUCAAGAGGUUAGUGUGGAUACCAUUAAACAGGAAGCAUUGCUGUCCCAUAGUCAGAAUCAAAGUCUGGCCUUUGAUGCUGAGAGAUCUUCAAAGAGGUCUAUGUCAGAAAGAACUGAUCAAGAAAUACUUGAAAAAGAGAAGUCUCUGUCAAUGCCACCUUUGGGAGGACCUCAAAUUGAAACAGUAGCUUAUUGCCCACAGCCUUCUGCUGGUUUCCAUAAAGGAAGUGGAGAUUUGGUUGUUGACCCCUCCAAGGUUGAUGAUGCAGCAAAGCUACAAAAUAAGCAAAUCAGAAAGGCUGACAACCAAAAUGGAACUCAGCACUUUGGCUCAAAACAUCCCACACUUAAUGGACACAGAUCUAAGGAGCUAGGUGCACCCAGUCCAACUAGAAGGGAUUCUUCCAGUCAUGCGGCCAACAAUGCUUUGAAAGAGGCUAAAGAUCUGAAGCAUUGGGCUGAUCGUGUUAAGAAUUCAGGAUCCACUGAAAGCACUGGGCUUUACUUCGAGGCAGCCCUGAAGUUUCUUCAUGGAGCUUCUCUAUUAGAAUCUGGCAAUAAUGAUAACAAUGCUAAACAUAAUGAGAUGAUUCAAUCAAAGCAAGUGUACAGUAGCACAGCAAAAUUGUGCGAGUUUUGUGCCCAUGAAUAUGAGAAAUUAAAGGACAUGGCUGCUGCUGCUCUGGCCUACAAAUGCAUGGAGGUAGCAUAUAUGAGGGUGGUAUAUUCCUCACACUAUAGUGCAAGCAGGGAUCGGCAGACAGCUUCACAAAUUGUUCCUAUUGGUGAGUCUCCUUCCUCGUCUGCCUCUGAUAUUGACAAUGUUAACAACUCUGCUACAGCAGAAAAGUUUGCCUUACCCAAGGGUGUCAGUUCUCCCCAAGUUUCUGGUACCCUUGUCAUUCCAGCCCAAAAGCAUUCAAGCAUUAUGCGAUUGCUAGAUUUUGUUCAGGAUGUGAAUCUUGCCAUGGAAGCCUCAAGGAAAUCACAAAUCGCUUUUGCAGCUGCUGAUUCGAGCUUAAGUGGGGAGAAGCAUGCAGAUGGCAUCUCCUCUGUUAAGAAAGCUCUUGAUUUUAACUUUCACGAUGUUGAGGGGUUGCUGCGAUUAGUCCGGCUUGCCACUGAGACCAUUAGUCGCUGAAGAUUCUAAUUUGUUUUAAAGAAUAUUCUGGCCUAGGAAGAACAUAUGAUUCUUGGUCAUGUAUGAAGCCUUUGCUUAGAAAAAGAAAGUGGCUGGAUUGUAUUAUGAAUGGUAAACUUCAUUAUCUUGCAAGCAGAACUUCUCUUACCAUCUUGGGAGGCCAAUCUAUACAUGCUUGCUUCGGAUGACGAAAUGGCAAUUUCAGUGUACAUUCAGGCAGAUGCAGUUGCUUUUGAUGUGUUCAAGGAUGAAUGCCAUGGCAACUCUCAAGAUAGUGUUGACUCUGGAGGCACAACCGCACAAGGAUUCUGGAGUCAACUUCUCUAAAAGCAAUUCUAAGCUGCUUUUGGCAUGUGGAUUGACGCGACAUCAAGAUUAUGUUGAAGGUGGAUACGGAUGGACAUCAGACUUUGAUAUUACUUGCCAUUCUUUGUUCUUUUAUUUGAGGAAUUAUCUUGUCAAUCUGUAAAUUUCUAUCUGCUGGAGAUUGGGAGUUUCUGAAUUAGCAUGAAACGUGUUUAUCCUUCAACCUAAGGAAAUUUCACUCCCACUCUUGAUCCAAGCUGUCUAGAGAAACCAGAAUCAGAGUGUAUGUUUUCUUACACAUUUUUCAGGAUUUAAGGGGCUAUAUUUCCUGUCUGCAUUAUUGAUGGAGAAGUAACAAGUGGAAAGGAAAGAAUAAAUUAUGAAGAAUAUGUGGCAGGAAAUUGAUUUAUACGGCAAGUUGUUUUGCUGCUAAUAUGUCUUUAGCUUAGAGGAAGCGGACUAUGCAUUAAUAUUACAAAAUCAAUUUUAUGUGAGACAAGCAAGCUGGUGCCUCCUUUUCUGGUGUCUGACAGUUGCAGGUUGAGCACCCGAGGCAAAAGAAAAUAUUCUUAGCUGGCCUCCCGCUCCGUUACUGACCCUAAUGGAGAUUCCUCUUUAGUCAAUAACAGUACGUGGGUCUCUAUACCAGUUGCAAGUAUUGGGCAAUGGAUGUUUAGAAUUCCCUACGAUGAUUAAAUUUUGACCAUCACAUUGACGUUUUAUUCUCUCUAAUCUGGUGCAGAGCUAGGCAGCUAGCUUUGUUGAUUGGCCUUGUAUAUUUAGAUCAUAAAUAUUGAUGAAAAGAAAUUGUAUAUAUAGUCUCAUAAAGUGGUGUGGAAAAACUGUUCCAAAACUAAAGCUGGUGUAGAGUUAUGUGGAAAAUAGAAAUGAUAAAAGUUCAUGUAGCUCCAGCGCUAAUACUUUGUAAUCUCUAAUUCUGGGAAUGAAAUAGCUGUAUUCUAUUA